AUGUCCGAGAAGAAAGCGAGUCUCCUGCAUGGAGAGCUCGAUGUCGAACGUCCAGAAGCCCCGAGACGUCCUGGCUGGCGCACCAUCGCUCUGCGGCUUGCUCAGCUCCUCGGCUUGACCGGCGCACUUUAUGCCUGCAUCUUAUAUGGCCGUGCUAACCAGGGAAAUGGAACCAUCGAUGUAGACAAGCUGAUGCGAGAGUCUCCAUUGAUAGAUACGCACGAUGACUUCCCAGAGUUCAUUCGCAGGAUGUAUGGGAAUGACAUCUAUCAGAAGAACUUCACCAUAGAGGACCGUUUGCCCAUGCAUGUAGACUUCCCCAGGCUCCAAAAGGGCCGUGUGGGGGGUCAGUUCUGGAGUGUCUAUGUCGAUUGCCCGGAAGAAUCAGACAAGUAUGAUGAUUCAGUCUAUUCAAAGAGCGUGCAUGACACGUUUCAGCAGAUCGACCUAGUUCAGAGGCUCAUUCAACGAUACCCAGACACCCUCGUCAGCGCCCUGACGGCAGCAGACGUGAAGAUGAACUUUGCACGGCAGCCAGGCAAGAUCUCCAGUCUGAUGGGCAUCGAGGGCCUUCAUCAGAUUGGAAACAGUGCCAGUAUCUUGCGAGCAUACUACAAUCUUGGGGUCCGAUAUGCUACGCUCACUCACUUCUGCCACAACAAGUACGCUGAUAGCGAGCAUCCUGCAGAGCCUCUCCACGGUGGUCUGUCAGACGCCGGCAAGGACCUGGUGCGUGAGAUGAACCGCAUAGGCAUGAUGGUCGAUAUAUCGCAUACCAGUGCAGACACGCAGCGAGAUGCACUGAAGGCCUCCCGCGCACCCGUUAUAUUCUCUCAUUCCAACGCCUUUACUGUCUGCAAACAUACAAGAAAUGCACCAGAUGAUGUGCUUAAUAUGCUCAAGGCAAACGGAGGUGUGAUAAUGGUUACUUUCUUGCCGGGCUACGUCAAUCUAUCCGGCAAGGCUACUUUGUCUGAUGUUGCUGACCACAUUCAAUAUAUCGGCAACUUGAUCGGCUACAAACAUGUUGGAAUUGGCUCUGAUUUCGAUGGCAUGAGUGGUGUUCCCACAGGGCUUGAGGAUGUCUCUCACUAUCCAGAUUUGAUCCAGGAGCUGGCUAACCGUGGAAUUGGUGCUGAGGACCUCAAGGAUGUAAUGGGCCGUAAUAUCCUGAGGGUCUUGGGUGAAGUCGAAGCCGUUGCUGCAAAGAUGUCUAAGUGUACCAGACCUCUUCAAGAUUAUAUCCAGCCACGGUAG